CUUACCUCUCCGACAGACGCGACAGUUCUGCUAACUUUAAGCUAAAUUGCUAAACUUUAAUAGAGUGUUUCUUUCUUGGUUCACACCUGCUAAUAGGCCCUAUGUGGUGUUUUUUUCCGUCUCGUGAAGAGGGGGCGUAGCUAGCAGUGGGAGCUGUGUUGUCAGAUCUGGGCUACAGGUCAUCGCCUGGAUGCUUCACAAAGAAGAUCAGAAACAAAACAGGCAGGCCUCAUAGAAGGUCUGGUGUCACUGGAGCGCCUCUCCGCGGGAGAACAGUCCGAGACGUGCAUCAUGUUGGACGGCAUAAAAAUUGAAGAUCAUCCCCUGCGCUCGGGACAGGCAACGCUCGGAGUCAUGCUCGGGAACGACUGUCAUCAUCCAUCCGUGUGUGAAGGAUGCCAGCGUCCCAUCUCCGACCGCUUCCUGAUGAGGGUCAACGAUUCCUCAUGGCACGAGGAGUGUUUGCAGUGCACCGUGUGUCAACAGCCUCUCACCACCAGCUGUUACUUCAGAGAAAGGAAACUUUACUGCAAACACGACUACCAACAGUUGUUUGCGACUAAGUGCAGCGGCUGCAUGGAGAAAAUCGCCCCCACAGAGUUUGUGAUGCGCGCCCUGGAGUGCGUCUACCACCUGAACUGCUUCUGCUGCUGUGUGUGCGACCGACAGCUGAGGAAGGGCGAUGAGUUUGUCCUGAAAGAGGGUCAGCUGCUCUGCAAGAUCGACUACGAGAGGGAGAAAGACUUACUCAGCUCGGUCAGCCCGGAUGACUCAGACUCAGAGAAAAGUGAUGAUGAGGAGUUAGACAUCAAGCCAGAGAAAGGCAUCGGAGGCCCAGGGAAGGGGGAUGAUGGGAAGGAUCCCAGGAGGCCCAAAAGACCACGAACCAUACUGACCACUCAGCAGAGACGGGCUUUCAAAGCCUCCUUUGAGGUCUCCUCAAAACCCUGCAGAAAGGUGCGGGAGACGCUUGCCGCAGAGACGGGACUCAGCGUUCGAGUGGUGCAGGUGUGGUUUCAGAACCAGAGAGCUAAGAUGAAGAAGUUGGCGAGAAGACAGCAGCAACAACAAGAACAACAGAAUUCUCAGAGACUUGGCCAAGAGGUGAUGUCCAACCGCAUGGAGGGGAUGAUGAACUCCUUCACGCCGCUGGCUCCGCCGCAGCAGCAGCUGGUCGCCAUGGAUCAGAACGGUUACAGCACGGACCCGUUCCAGCAGGGGCUCACCCCCCCACAGAUGCCCGGGGACCACAUGAACCCAUAUGGUAAUGACUCCGCUUUCCAUGACAUAGACAGCGACACGUCUUUAACCAGCCUCAGUGACUGCUUCAUGGCGUCGUCGGAAGUCAGCUCCAUGCAGGCCCGCGUGGGAAACCCCAUCGACCGCCUCUACUCCAUGCAGAACUCUUACUUUGCGUCAUGAAAGAGGAGGAAUAAAAGAGAGAAACAUCAGCACAGAAUAAACUGCCCAUCUCAACCCUGAAGCACGACGGCCGGGAGUCUUUUUCCUCCACGGACUCGACAGAAGAAACACCUCCUCGCAGCGUCUCCUGGUUAUGUGCUGAAGCUUACGCAGAGAUAGUAAAACCACUUGUUGUAGGACAGUGAAGCUCCCCGGGGGGAAAGACUUAAAUAUUGUUUAGAGAUUAUUCUGUAGGAUCGUUAUCCGUCACAGGAGAUAUUACUCUUUUCUUUGUUCACUUGAAGAAAACAAGUAGAUAUUGAAGCCACCUAUUACACAAACCAAAUAACACCGUGAAUUUAUACAGUGCAUGAUCAAUUGUAAACUGAAUCUUUUUGUAAGCCCCGACCCCCCCUGGUUAAGAUGUGGUGUUUGGACUGUUUCUUCUUCACACUACAUGGAUUCCCAUGUUCACCGUUAGCAUUUUGAUCACUUUCAAUAGGUUUAGAUAUUGUGUUCAUAGUAAAUAGGUGCAGCAUGUCUGCAAGAGUGGCUGUACAUUUGUGUAUGUAUGAGAGUCUGUGGCGAGACAGAGUUGUUUAGAGGAGAAAAAACAGUGCGGAGAAGUGGAGACAUGUAGGAUCAGUGAAGUGUAAAUACUUUCCCCAGGCAAAUUGGAUGUGCAUGUUAAAAAUGGAAAGCAUUCUAUUUAUUUAACUAUAACAGGCUCUUUGAAGGUGCAUAUUAAACUGAAAAGCUUUAUUUAAAAAGGAGAGCAUUUUUUUGUUGAGCAAUUAGUGAGUUCAUGAGUGUCACAACUCAUCUGUAUGCCUUUUUAAUAUGAAGAUUAACCCUUUUAUUUUGUUUAUUUCCUCAGCCAAGCUGUAAAUGAGCAAUGUUGCUAUUUAUUUCGUACAGACCAUAAACCUUUUGUUGUCAUUGUCAUAUGUGCAUUCUCAAAAAUGUUAAAGUUGCUAAUUGACCAAA